UCUCCCUUGUCUCAGGCGCCCGGCCCCCUCCCGCAGCCGUCUCCACCCCCAGGGACCCCGGAAUCCACGCCCCCACCCCAGACAUGGAUCCGCAGCCCCCUCCACCAGCCCAGGGCAGCCCACCUCACCGGGGCCGGGCGGGCCGGGGCCGAGGCCGUGGGAGGGGCCGGGGCCGGGGCCGGGGGGGCGCUGGAGCCCCCCGGGCGCCCCUGCCCUGCCCCACGUGUGGCCGCCUCUUCCGCUUCCCCUACUACCUCUCUCGGCACCGGCUGAGCCACUCAGGCCUGCGGCCCCACGCCUGCCCCCUGUGCCCGAAGGCCUUCCGCCGGCCGGCCCACCUCUCCCGCCACCUGCGUGGCCACGGGCCGCAGCCCCCGCUGCGCUGCGCCGCCUGCCCGCGCACCUUCCCCGAGCCGGCGCAACUCCGGCGCCACCUGGCCCAGGAGCACGCAGGAGGCGGCGUCGAGCUGGCCAUCGACAGGGCGGCCAAGGAGGCAACUGAGUCCAGCUGGGGCCCGCAGGACAAGGCCGCCGAGCAGCCGCCCGGCGCCGGAGCCGAGGAGGAAGACGCGGCGCGAGAGGAGGCGGCAGCAGCGCGGCCCGAGCCGUGGGCCGCGGGGGAGCCGGGCACGCCAGCAGCCGCCUCGAGCGCUGGAGCCCGCGAGCCAGAGGGGGCCGGGGCUGAGGCCGAGGCCGGGGCGGCGGAGCUCAGGGCCGAGCUGGCGCUGGCAGCCGGGCGGCAGGAGGAGAAGCAGGUCCUGCUGCAGGCCGACUGGACGCUGCUGUGUCUCCGCUGCCGGGAGGCCUUCGCCACCAAGGGCGAGCUCAAAGCGCACCCGUGCCUGCGCCCCGAGGGCGACCAGGAGGGCGAGGGGGGCCCCCCGCCGCGCCCCAAGCGCCACCAGUGCUCCAUCUGCCUCAAGGCCUUCGCCAGGCCCUGGUCGCUGUCCCGCCACCGGCUGGUCCACUCCACCGACCGCCCCUUCGUGUGCACGGACUGCGGCCUGGCGUUCCGCCUGGCCUCCUACCUCCGCCAGCACCGCCGCGUCCACGGCGCACUCAGCCUGCUGGCCCCGCUGCCCGCGGCGGCCAAGAAGGACGACAAGGCGGUGGCGGCGGGCGGCCGGACCUCAGGGAGGGGGCCAGAGGGGGGCGAAGGGGCAGAGGGUGGGCCGGGCGGGCAGAACGGAGGCGAGGCGGCCCCGGCCCGGGCCCCAGCCGGCGAGCCCCGCUUCUGGUGCCCUGAGUGCGGCAAGGGCUUCCGGCGCCGGGCUCACCUGCGGCAGCACGGGGUGACCCACUCGGGUGCGCGGCCCUUCCAGUGCGUGCGCUGCCAGCGGGAGUUCAAGCGGCUGGCUGACCUGGCCCGCCACGCGCAGGUGCACGCGGGGGGCCCGGCCCCGCACCCCUGCCCGCACUGCUCGCGCCGCUUCUCCCGCGCCUACAGCCUGCUGCGCCACCAGCGCUGCCACCGCGCCGAGCUGGAGCGGGCCGCCGCCGCGCAGCAGGCGCUGCAGGCCCCGGCCUCGCCGCCGCGUGCCCCGACGCCCCCCGCAGGCCAGGAGGCCGAGGGGCUCCCGCUGCCCCUCGCCCAUAUCAAGGAAGAGCCGCCGUCCCCGGGGUCCCCGCCCCAGUCGCCGGCGGCGGCACCCCCUGUCUUCCUCAGCGCCUCCUGCUUCGACAGCCAAGACCACUCGGCCUUCGAGAUGGAGGAAGAGGAGACUGAGAGCAAGGCUCACCUGCACGGUCUGGGGGGCCUGGCCUCCUGACCCGCGCCCACCCCUUCAGCCCCACCGUGGGAGCUGCCCCCCCACCCCGGUUUGCAGCAUGGAGGAGGGAAGUGAAAGGAGAGGAGCCUCCUCUGUGAACCCACCCUCCCCUUCCAGCCCUCGACACUAGGGGCGGGGGCUGGAUGCCCCUCCGUCCCCAUUGCCCACCCCCAGGCCCCUGAUGCUGGUUAGAAACUGCUUGCCCCACGUCUGAAGGCAGGACUCUGAGUCAGAGGCGGAGGACGUUGGCCAGACGGAUGGAGACUGAAAGGGGGGACCCCCCCCAAGCCUGGCUGCCUCCCUGUUUCACACACUGGACACCGUCACUUUUUUGGAACUGCCAGAUCCUGGGGUGGGGGGCAGUCCCCAGUGAGCAAAGGUCUGUCCCUGUCCCUUUGUCCGUCUGUGAAUAAAUGUGAGUUUGUGGAACUGGA